GAGCAGGGCGACACAUACAGUACAGGCAAAGUAAGUGGAGGAGAAGUCUUCUUUCUGUGGACGCAAGCGUCAAGAAGAGGGGCAGGAGUUUGGACCGCAGCGUUUGCUGGUGAAUGAAGGUGCGCGCGUAGGCUGCUGGAGGCUGAGGGAGAACUUGCUCCAUCUGUGCGCCGCUCUGACCUCUGAGUGAGGAGCGCCGCCCCCCCCCCCCCACGCCCGGAGAGGCAUCUGGAAGUGAGGACAUGUGAAGGAGCUCGAAGGAUGGCAUGCCAAGAUGCCUUCUGCCAGUACCAAGGCGACGGUGACGGCGAUGCGCCCCGUUCGUAUUAUUAUCAUUACGACUCUCUUUUCUCGCUUUUUCUCUUUGGCGACUUGUGCCAAGAGCACCGCAGGACAGACAAAGAAGGAAGACAGGAUUUAUCCGGAGAAUUUUACGCGGAUUUUAGACCGACUUCUGGACGGCUACGACAACAGGCUGAGACCUGGAUUCGGAGGUCCCGUGACUGAGGUUAAGACAGACAUUUAUGUGACAAGUUUUGGUCCGGUCUCAGAUGUUGAAAUGGAAUACACAAUGGACGUGUUCUUUCGUCAGACGUGGGUGGACCGCAGGUUGAUGUACGAAGGUCCAAUUGAGAUUUUAAGGCUGAACAACUUGAUGGUGACCAAAGUUUGGACACCAGACACUUUCUUCAGGAACGGCAAGAAGUCAGUGGCCCACAACAUGACGGCCCCCAACAAACUGUUCCGUAUCAUGAAGAAUGGAACCAUACUCUACACAAUGAGAUUGACAAUUAACGCAGAAUGUCCCAUGAAGCUCGUGGACUUCCCCAUGGACGGACAUGCGUGCCCCCUCAAGUUUGGAAGCUACGCCUAUCCGAAAACAGAGAUGAUCUAUACUUGGACCAAAGGACCCGAGCACUCCGUGGAGGUGCCUCCCGAGUCAUCUAGCUUGGUUCAGUACGAUCUCAUCGGCCAGACGGUCUCCAGUGAAACCAUUAGGUCCAUCACAGGUGAAUAUGUGGUGAUGACGGUCUUCUUCCACUUGAAGCGCAAAAUGGGCUACUUCAUGAUUCAGACAUAUAUCCCCUGCAUAAUGACAGUAAUCCUCUCCCAAGUGUCCUUCUGGAUAAAUAAAGAGUCGGUCCCAGCGCGCACAGUGUUCGGCAUCACCACCGUGCUGACCAUGACGACGCUCAGCAUCAGCGCUCGCCACUCCCUCCCCAAGGUGUCGUACGCCACCGCGAUGGAUUGGUUUAUCGCGGUCUGCUUCGCCUUCGUCUUCUCCGCCCUCAUCGAGUUUGCUGCCGUCAACUACUUCACCAACGCGCAGAUCGAGCGGACCAAAAAGAAGCCGGCCAAAUGCCCCCCUGUGCCCCAAACCACGCCGGUCAAGGUCAAGGACACAGAGGAAGUGCUGCAGCAAAACCCAGACACUAAUGGCAACCUGAGGAAGCGCAUGAAUUACAUUUCUCACCAAGACUCGAGCAAUCACCAGAGAGCCCAGUCCACGAGCAACAUUUCAGGAGUGGGGAGAGCUCGACCGCUGAGACCUUUAAACAGCGGAGUCAACGGCAGCUCCUCCACCCUGUCCCGCUCCAGUCCCAAAUCCGACAGCGUGCCCAGCGUGGAUUCCUCUUCAGAAGAAAAACAGCUUGUGAAAAACACCCCCCAGGCUGCAGCAUCUACGCCAGACGUGGCGGCGGGGACGCCGUGCAAGCAGAACACCGCCUCCGCUUCCCUGCAGCAUCUGCUGGGGCCCAAACUGGAACGCCUCCAGAUGAUGGGGAACAAAGUGGAGCUAAAACAGACACCGUGCUCCCAGCCCAGCACUGCUGGGAUGGGCGGAACCAGCAAAAUUGACAAGUAUGCGCGGAUCUUCUUCCCAGUGUCCUUUGGGGCAUUUAACAUGGUAUACUGGGUGGUUUACCUAUCCAAGGACACCAUGGUGGCUCAAGGGGGCUAGACUCGGGCAACAAGCUUAAAGCACCAUUUUGUUUCCCAGAUGGGAAGCAAAUCAGGAAUAUGAGUGACGUGAGGAAGAUGCUGCCAAAACCAGGAGAAGUACCUUCAUAUCCUGAGAGAUGGGUUUUUAAAAAAUUAUUAUUAUUAACAGCAAGCAUGGGAAUAAAUGAGCCACACCACGAAAUAUAGGACUCACUGUCAGGAUGAAAGCGAACGCACUGGAUUAUGGUUCGCUUCUCUUUUGAUCACGCUCAAUGUGUAUUUAAAGGUCUUUACGGGCUCAAGAUAACGCAUGACAUUUACUAUUUUUCUAUCCUGCAUCGGGGCAAUUUGUGUGCUCGGCCAUUCGGAAAUUGUACACGUCACGGAAAUGGACUUAUUUCUACAAACUGAUUUGGUUAAUUACAGUGCGCUGACGUUUGAAUAUUAAGACCUCGUUCAUGGCAUGAAAAGCGGGCCUUUAUCCCGUAAACGGUGGUCUUAAGUUAAGUUAACUCGAAAGCGAAGUCGAUUUGGAUUCUGUUGAGGCAAAGAAAAAAAAAAAGGAGCGUUGAUCUGACCUCGAUCAACUAAGAAAAGCCUCUUGUACAGCACUUACUCAACAAAGCGUCAUUCUUAUACGAGAUGGAGUAACUCAAUCUAUGUAUUGCGAGCACUUGAAAAUAAUCAUUGGGGGGGGAAUCCGGCAGACAGGAAGCAGUCAGGGCAAGUUAUUCAUUAACGUCACAAUAAGCUUCUUCCCUCGACAAGGAUUGUGCAAGGGUUUACCUCACAUCAUGAUUAAAUAUCGCCGGGGAAAAAAAAGAGUUUUGCGUCGUCGAUCACUGCAACAAUAAAGUUGUCAGCUGAGUGGGUGGUGAAUGUAUUGUAUUUAUUUGGAAACUCCAUCAUACCAGACACAAUUCAUAUGCAAACAGAUCGAAACAGU